CUCUCUCUCGUUCUCAACCGUUGACAAUGGCGUCAGCUCCCAAGCAGCCUCAACAAUAUCCCUCUGCUUCCAAACCCCCAAGGCAUCCGUCUUCCGCCGCCGCGGAAUCCCCAAUUCUGAACCCUAGCCCUAACCCUAUCCGUAACCCUAACCCUAACCCAAGCAUAAGCGUCUCACCGCCGAUGGAUAAUUCACCGAUUACGAUGGCUCGGGAGGAUCAGAUCCUCGCACGUUCCUCUCAUCUUACCCGAACGGAGCUUCUCCGGCGCCGGUCACACCACCUGAGGCAGCUCUCCAAGUUUUAUAGAGAUCAUUACUGGGCUCUAAUGGAGGAUCUCAAGGCGCAGUAUAGGGAGUACUAUUGGAGAUUCGGCGUCAGUCCUUUCAAAGACGAACAGAACCAGCCGAAUAAGAGACGGAGGCUGGGGCUCGAGGGAGAGAACGGCGAUGGUGAUGCCGUGGAAGGCAGUGGAGAUAACGUCAAUAACAAUGGUGGCGGUAAUGGGGUCACAACUGAUCUGUAUACAAAGAUCAAUUCUCGGUGCUCGUAUGGGGGUUGUAAGUUGAAGGCCAUGGCGCUUACGAACUACUGUCACCUGCAUAUCGUCAAUGAUAAGAAGCAGAAGCUCUACAAGGCUUGUGAGUACGUCAUCAAAAGAGCUCAAUCAGGACCAAUAACGUGUAGCCGGCCAACACUUGCCUCAACUGUUCCAUCGCUGUGUAAUGUGCAUUUCCUGAAAACCCAAAAGCAUGUUGCUCGGGCUUUGAAGGAUGCCGGUCUAAAUGUUUCUUCAUCAAGCAAGGCUCCGCCAAAGCUCCAUGUCAUAGUUCCCGCGUUUGUAAGCCAUAUUCAAGAAAAGAGAAAAGCCGCGCUGAAGGAGGAUAAGCUCGAAACUUUAGUAAAAGAAGAACAAACAAGCUGAAGUCCAUCCAUGACAGCGCGAGGAAGUAAUCCGUCGGGCAAAGUUGUGCAGGAAUUCUAAGGUGGAUUGGAAUUGGAUAGUCAUGGUUUUGUUCAUUCUCUUGUUUCAUUGCUUACCUUUCUGACAGGAAUCUUUACAGGGUAAAUACUGCAAGACUUGAGCUUUGUGAUCAUCUUGCCCAUUGAUGAAUCAUGCAAGCAAACACAACCCCUAGGAUAUGGGGGUUACAGUACUUAGAGAUGUAGUAUUACUUUGUUUGUACAGAUAGAUAGAUAGAUAGACCUGAGUCUAGAAAUGAAGAGCCUUCUCUCUGCUUGUGUUAUCCCUAGUUCUGGUCCUAUCAUGUUUGGAAAACUCUUGUCUUCUGAUUCCGAUGCAUUGACCAGAGAUUCAUCUGCCUCUUUUCUACCUA